AUGUCUCUUAAGAACAUCUGGGAGAAACAAGGCAACUGUAAUUUCAACUUAGAUAUUUCAAACUUAAUCCCGAGAGGAGUGAUUCAAGCCCCUUGCAACAGCAGUGGCUCAAAGGCACCAAGCGACAGCGACGCGGAAGAGCGAUCUCGGAGCACCGCGACGAGUAUUUCCAAAGAGGGUAGCACUACCACGGUGGCGGGCCUGGAUUGUGGCAACCACACCCAAGGGUUGGCGCAAGCAAACCACGGCGCUUCUAAGCACCAAUCCACCAAAGAGAAUUGCACAUGCGCAUUUGUUUGUUUAAGGCCAAGCGACUUUUGGAUCAGCCGGCAGCGGCAUGGCCGUAUCUAG